UUUUUCACCCCAGCGAGGGCCUUCCACCCUCACAGUCGGGCGCAUCGCACGGCGCAGCCUCUGCUCUCUCAUCCGAGUGAGUGUUGCCGGUUCAAUUUAAUCGUGCAGCCUGCGCGCAGCACCGACGAGAGUCCAGAUGGUUCACCAAGCUGGGUGCGGAAGCUGGUGAGGGAUGCUUUUAUUUUGAAUCGACCA